GCAUGUGUUAAAAGAUAUUUGACAUGGAUUUAAUUUAAUGAUUAAACUUCGUUAUGUUUCAUUAAGAAGGGUCUCCCUUUUAAAGCAUAUGCUUUCGGAUGUAUAUAGAUGCAUAUUGUUUAGGUUUCAACGUCCGUAAAAUAUCAACGUUAUGCUACAUGUAUUUUAAUUAAUAUUUAAUGAGUUUAAAAUAACAGAAAAAACUUGUUUUACAUUGCAGCGUGAAUAUAUUGCAGACUCCCAUGAAUGUUUUUAUAAAUGAAUACCACCAAGAUCCCAAUGGAUCCCGUUAGUUUUACUUUUUCAUUCAGGGCUUCUGUAGCUUUCAAAAUUUGGAAGCGAACUUUAAGAGAGGCGUAGGUGACAAGGAUAUUAUUUAUACGAGCACAAGUUGUUAUCUGUUUACAAAAAUAAGUUCAAUGUACAAAGUCGAAUAGAAACAACCCGAAUAUGUGUAACGUUUUACAUUUGCAAGUUUUAUGGGUUUUUUUUUUCGUCGUGGAAUAAAAUUAAGACAUCAAUAGUUACUUUUUUGCAUGUGAUUUUGAAUAUUUUUAGGACUACAUUGCAUGAGCGAUGAUCUGCGGCAUUGGUGGCAGGAGCCGGUUAAGGGCAUAUUUAUUUGUAGUUUUGGGUAGUGUGGUGGCUUUAAGCAUUCUGCAAUACAUUAUUAACAAGAAUGCAGAAUGUGAACAAUUUUCCGGAGUUAUUCCGUGGACGUCCAUGGACAAUUUUCUGCAGUGGUCCAGGAAUUUCUGCUGACAGAAUUAUUGUGAUUUAUUACACUUUUUUUGCAGUACAUGUAUAGUGAGCAAUAACACUUCAGUACAAGCAAUAUUUCAGUGCUUCUCUAGUCCGGUUAUUUGCCAGACAAGGACUACAUUGCUUGAGCGAUGGUCUGCGGCAUUGGUGGCAGGAGCCGGUUAAAGACAUAUUUAUUUGUAGUUUUGAGUAGUGUGGUGGCUUUAAGCAUUCUGCAAUACAUGAUUAACAAGAAUGCAGGAACUGUUUUGAAAACAUUGGACUUGACCCAGAACAGGUCCAUGUCUCAAUGGAGAUCUACAACAAUAUCGACAAGAAAUCUAGACAAAUGCUCAGAAAUGCAAAAUAAUGUAGCCAAGGCUAUCAAUAUCAGCACUGAACUGGACAAUCUAAAUAUUACUGAGGAUGGCAACAGCAAUCUAAAACCUGGUGGACGGUACAGGCCUAUAACCAGUGUAGCUAAACAUCGUGUAGCUGUCAUUGUUCCGUACAGAGAUAGAGAAACGCAUCUGAAAAUAUUUUUGAAUCAUAUGCAUCCAUUUCUACAGCGGCAACAAUUAGACUAUGGAAUUUUUGUCGUGGAAUCGAUACCCGACGUCAAAUUCAACCGGGCUUUGCUUCUGAAUAUUGGGUUCGUAGAAGCAAGCAAACUUUAUGAAUACGACUGUUUUGUAUUCCAUGACGUGGAUCUUUUACCUGAAAAUGACGGAAUCAGCUACAACUGUGACCACAGUCCGACGCAUCUUUCCUCGGCAAUAGACGUCAAGAAGUAUAAAUUACCAUAUCAUUCCUACUUUGGAGGUGUGUGUGCUUUUUCAAAAGAACAUUUCAAGAAAAUCAAUGGAUUUUCUAAUAUUUAUUUUGGCUGGGGCGGCGAAGAUGACGACAUUCAUGAAAGAAUAAAAUACAGCCAUUUGAAACUCACACGUCUUUCAUCACAGCUUGGCAGAUACAAAAUGUUGAAACACGAACAUGCGAAACAAAAUCCAGACAAAAUGCUUCUUUUCAAGACAAUGAAAACAAGACAUUCUUCUGAUGGACUAAACAGCUUGAAAUAUCACGUGAUCAAACAAGACUACAAGCGUCUGUACAGCUGGAUUCUAGUCAGUAUCAAUGAGACGGAAAUAAUUGAAAGUGAGCCGAUUCAUAAGCAGGCCUUCAACCAAGAAAUUGUGAACACGAAAAGUAAUUAUACUGCAAAACGAAAGAACAAAAAGUCAUACAUAUAAUCUGGCUUUUGUACAAAGAAUCUUCACCGAGAUGUCCAGUCAGUACACGUGCCUUUGGGAGGGAAUGGUCAGGCAUUUUAUUGAUGCUUCAGAUCUGUGUUUUAUACAUCUCAAUCUUGUUACAAAUAAUAUUAGUUUGACCCUGUUAAGAAGCAACAUGGCUUCAUUUUAAAGUUUGUAUUAAACCAAAUACUCCACAAAACAUCUUAAUUUUCCAAGUACAUUGCAAAGUCUAAAGAACACGGGUAGACCCCGUUCAAAUACAUAUGUAGUAUGCAGUUUUGUGGUAAACCUGAGUUUUGGCUAAGAAAUGUUUUGCUUUUUGUGAACAUCUUUAUGAAUUCACUGAUUUAAGGAGAUUGGCUCAGUGAGCAUCUUAUUACGCAACUGUUGUCGAAGUUUCAAGUUAAUUUAAGUGAUACAGUUAGGAACAAAAACGUAUUACAGAUUUUCCCCGACUCGGAUUGCAGUUGCUUUAAAGUCAACUACCUGCUCCUAAUGCACAUUUAUCUAUUUUGCAAUGAAAUGUCUAUCUUCAAUAUGUUAUGAAUAUGUGUCUUAACAUUUAUGCAAAGUUUGAGGACAUAACAUUUUGUAGUUUUAAAAAAAUCUUGAAAAAUGUCCUUUUGUUUACAUUUUCCUAGUUGAUUUCUUGUUUGGCUAGAGCUGACCAAUGAAAAUAAUUUAUCAAAUAUAUUUAGAAACAUUUUUCAGGACUGAACUUUUACUAUUAGGUCAAGGAUGUUAUUUUUUUUUUUUUUGAUAAGGUUGAAUUUUGUAGAUUUUUAAAACCUUUGUUCUCUUGUAAAAUUGGCCCUAAGAUGUGAAGACCAAAUUUUGGUGGGCAUAUUGGAUAUUUGGAGAAAAACUGUGUCAUUUCUGUGUUAUUUUUUCACACUUGAUUUAAUUACGUCUAAAUGCAUUAUUUGUCAUUCGAAAUAUUCUAAUAAGGUGUUCUUAAUGUUUACGUAAUUGAUUUUGAUGACAUUAAUUCUAUUUCUUGCAUUUGAUGAGAAAAGUUUUGCAUGUUUUGGAAAAUGUCAUUGACCAAUCAGGUUACAGGAUUUUUGUGCCUCUCUACAAAUAUGAGCUACUCAGAUGUUUUUUUACUAUUCUACUCUACACUUUGGACUGAACAUUUCUUUUUUGGAUUGGAAAUCAUGUAGAAAUUUAGAGCCAAAUUUACCAGCUUUGGACUUUAUUUUUAUAGGAGAAUAAAUUAGAACUUUGGAGUGUUUGUCAUAAUUCAAGUUUUCACAGAAUAUGCUGGAAUUUAUGUGAAUUUUAUUUGGAACAGAGUCAUAUACAGGUUUAGGAGUUUCUGACGAAUAUUGACACAUAUUUUCAAGUGAAGGAAAUUGCAGGAUUUGUUUAUUAUUUUAAUUGAAGAAGUUUAUUCAUAGAUAUAUUAGAUAUUUGUAGUUAUGAAUGCGUGUUUAUUGUGUGAACUUUAGAUUUUAAUAAAUUCAUAAA